AUGGCUACCCAGCAAGCAGUGACGAAAGAAGUCGCUGUGGAUGAGGUCGAGCGCGGAACCUCGACCAAGCUAUCUAGUGAUGGCUCUGACGAUCUCAACGACCCUCGCCUCACCCAGUUCACCCCCGAGGAACAAAAGAGGAUCAUCCGUCGGGUCGACAGACGCCUGGUCCUGACCCUGGGCUUCUUGUACACCGUCUCAUUGAUGGACCGUACGAAUCUCGGGAACGCAAUUGUCGCUGGUAUGGGCGUCGACCUACAACUCGUCGACAGCCGGUACUCGAUUAUUGUUGUUGUCUUCUUCCUCACCUAUGUCCUACUGCAACCGCCUUCAACUGUUGUGAUCCGAAAGAUCGGACCUAGAAUCUUUUUGCCGACCAUUACACUACUGUGGGGCUUGACCCUGCUGGUCUUCGGCUUCGUCAGAGAAUGGACUGACAUGGUCGCUCUCCGGCUGAUCUUGGGUCUCUUCGAAGCUGGUUUCUUCCCAGGCUGCGCCUAUCUCCUCAGCUGCUGGUAUCCGCGUUACGACCUCCAGAAGCGGUAUGCUGUGUUCUACCUUCUUGGCUCUUGUGCCUCUGCUUUCGCCGGAAUUCUCGCCUAUGGUUGCUCUGAGCUCAAAAACCGCGGUAGCGGCCCGGAUUGGUGGGGUCAACACUACGGUCCAACGGCAGCAAACCCAGAUGCCCCUUCUGGUAUCCUCUCUGGAAUAGCCGGAUGGAGAUAUAUCUUCUGGAUCGAGGGCGCAAUCACUGUUGUCCUGGCCUUAGGAUCUUACAUCACCAUUGUCGACUUUCCCGAGCUUUCCGCCACCACCUCCUUUGGUCUCAAGUUCCUGAAUCAGCAAGAAGCUGAUUUUAUGGUGGCGCGCAUCGAACAUGACCGACGGGACGUUACACCUGAAGAGUUUCACUUAGGAGCAUACCUGCGAAACGCUCUUGACCUGAAGGUCUGGGGAUUCGCUGUCCUUUAUAUGUUGUCGACGACAUGUGCCUAUGCCAUUGCGUAUUUCCUUCCCAUCAUUCUCAACGGCGACAUGGGAUUCAGCGUCGCGGCAGCUCAAUGCCUCACCGCACCCCCGUACGUCCUCGCCGCCAUUGUCAUGUACACAGUCGCUUGGGCCGGAGAUAAAUAUCACGUCCGCGGUCCCUUGAUGUUGCUGAAUACCGCCAUCCUUCUUAUCGGCCUCCCACUGCUAGGAUACGCCAAGAAUGUUGGGGCGCGGUAUUUCGGCGUCUUCCUCGCCACGACCGGCUGCAACGCCAAUAUCCCCUGCAUCAUGGCAUGGCAGGCCAACAACAUUCGAGGCCAGUGGAAGCGCGCUCUCUGCUCAGCAACGCUAGUGGGCUUCGGUGGCAUAGGCGGCAUCAUUGGCAGUACAGUCUUCCGGCAGCAAGACUCCCCUGCAUACAGGCCGGGGAUGCUGACUUGCAUUAUCGCCGCGGCGCUGACCGCCGUGAUCACCUUGGCCUUGGAGUUCAAGUUCUACCGGGCAAACCGACGGGUCGACGCCGGGGGGAAGUGUAUUGAAAACUUAGAAGGUUUCAAAUAUACCUUGUGA